AAAACAUAAUUUCAAAAAUGUAGUAUUAACGGCUAGAUUUCUUGUUCUCAAUAAUCAAAUACCAAUUCAGUUUCCCAUUUUCACUUGUUCCUCUAAAUUAUAUCUCUCUUUCUGCUUUAUUAUUUCCAGUUAUGGAUUCAAAUAAUCCGAAUCCCAGAAUUCCUCCAAACCCACAAACAACUCCAAAUACAAAUUAUUUACAUCUGCUUCAAAAUGUUCCCAAUCCUAAUUUCCCACAUCAUCUAAGCCAAUAUAAUAUGAAUCAUUUCCAACAUAAUCAAAACCACCCUAAUCCGAACCUCCGACCUUAUCCAAACCAAACUCAUCCCAAUAAUUUCCAACAUAAUCAAAACCACCAUUAUCCAAACCUCCCAAGUUAUCCAAACCAAAUCCAUCCGAAUAAUUUCCAACAUAAUCAAAACCACCAUAAUCCAAACCAAACGCAUCCAAAUAAUUUCCAACAUAAUCAGAACCUCCCACGUUAUCCAAACCAAAUCCAUCCGAAUAAUUUCCAACCUAAUCAAAAAAAUUCGAUUGGUAAUUUUCCUAAUAUUCCCAUCCAAAGUAAUUCACAACCUAAUCAAGACUAUCACAAUCCUUACUUUUCAUAUCCAAACCUAACCCAUCCGAAUAAUUUCCAGCCUAGUCAAAAUUUUCCCAAUCCUAUAUUCCCUAAUUAUCCAACCCAAACAAAUUCAAAUAAUCUCCAUCCUAAUUUCCCUGAUUAUCCAAUCCAAAUGAAUCCAAAUAAUUUUCAGCCUAAUCAACAUUUUAGUUUUCCCCCAAAUUUUCAAAUGUAUAUGCAAAACCUGGAAAGUGGUCCAAAUUUUCCACACAUUGCAAACCAAACAAAUGAAAAUUGUCCAAAUUUAGCACAUAAUCCAAAUCAUACUAAUUUAAGAAACCCAGAACCAGUGUCAAGUAGUUCAGAUAAUGCAAAUUUAAUUCCUUGUAAAAAUGUUCCUCUACUUAGAAAUGAAGAAGUUUGUCAAGAGCAAGUUGACCGUAUGCUUGAAGCCAAACUUGAAAGUAUGGUUAACGAUGAUAAUAGUUCAAGUUCGAGUUCGACUACGAGCUUAAUUUUAAAUUGGAUGGUAUCCGAUUUUAUUUUGGAAAACCGUAUUAUGGGAUUGAUUGAGGAUAUGAUCCUCAGUCUUUUGAGACAACACGUAGCAUCGAUUACUCAAAGGUCCAAUUCUAGUUCUGAUGACGAUGACGAUGACGAUGACGAUGACGAUGACGAUGACGAUGAUGAGGACGAGGACGAGGCCCAGAGCAAAAACGAGAAUGAUCCAUGUGCAAAAGAGGAAGGGACCAUUUUGCUUAUUCCAACACAAGUACAAUCCAAUUAUUAGACUUAUCCACUCCAAAUAUUUUUCUUAAAAACUGUGAAAUUGGUCAAACAGGAAGAUAAUUUUGAGACGGAGGGAGUAUGAAUUUAACAAGAUCGCACUUGAUUAUGUAUUUUCUUAUAUAAUGGUGACAAAAUGAUUGUCAAAUUUCGUUGAUGAAUAAUAGUGUACAAAUAAGCUGAUGGUUGAAGCCCCAAGAUUAGAUUUAUCCUCUAUCACGAAAGUAUUGCAAAAAGGAGGUAGAAUGUGUAGUUGAAUUUUGGCAAAGCUUAUAAGUCGUACGUUUUCAAUUGAGAAUGCCGAAAAGCCACCUAUGUACGGAGCAGAUAUUAUAGUUGCAAUUGUUUGAUUUCAAGCAACAGAUAUGAAAAAGGAAUGAGAAAUGCCGAAAAACCACCUAUGUAUGGAGCAGAUCAUUAAAGUCGCUUUAGAAAACUUCAUAUUCGUCAAUAUAUCAUUUUCGUUUAGGUAUAGACUAUAGAGGAAUGCUUACAAGCUUAAGAAUUAAGAUUCUUUCAAACAAUAAAGUCAUAACAUUUUACUCCAUAAGUCAAGUAGAACAAACACCGGAGUGCCAUAUACGAAGUACAUGAUUCAACAAACUAAUACUCCCUUUGUUUUUCUUAAUGUUAAUUAUCUUUGGAAUCUAAGACAAUCUAAUAUAAUUACACUUGUCACAUCACAUGAAUCUAACUUAUAUGAGUAGGGGUAGGGGUAGGGGUAGGGAGAGAAAUGAUUAAGGAUUAAUAGAAAUAAAAGCAGGUACCGAACCAGAAAUUAUAUAUAGGGCGUCCAAAACUUAACUCAUACUUUUUAUAACCAUGAAAAAUAAAAAUAAAAUAAAAUAAACAAUUAUAAAUGUGAGGGAGCUAAGAUUUGAACCUUAUACCUCCAACGUCUAUUUAGUAAGGUAAAACAAAUGCUAUUAUGAGACAUGUGCUAUUAUUGUACAUAUUUAAUAUUUAAACAUAUCAUGGAGGUGCCAUGACCCCCGGCAGCCCCCUCAUUUCGCCCCUGAAUAAAAGGUUGGUUGGGAGUAAACAAAUGGUCAACUUGAAUACUUACGAGGGUAUAAUGGGGAUAAAUGUUAGACAAAUACGAAAAAUUUCAAAAGGAACUAGUAAGAAAAAUACAUAAUUAUGAAAAGAGGACUAACAUUAAAAACGGAGGGAGUACAAAAUAAGGUCGGGUGAUAGAUUAUUUACGGGGUGUGCUCAAAUAGUUGUGUGUCACAUUUCUCAACAACAACUUGGAUUAUUAAGAUUACUCUCUUUAAUGAAAAAUAUAAGUUUAAGAUUAGUCUCAAAAGAAUUCUAAUAGUAAACCACAAUUGUUGAUUGUUUAGAUUUAGCUUUUAAAAUUAUUAAAAUAUUCACAAGCAUUUUCCUAGGAGAUGUUAUCUAGUAGCAACAACUUUGUUCUUCCUAUGUCAAAAAAAAAAAACAUUGUUCUUGUUUUUGCCAACACAUCUGCUAGAUAUAGGUCCUAGUUGAGGAAUACUUUAUGAACAUGUUAACAAAUUAAAACCUAAUGAGACUAAAGUAAGUUAAUUUUUCUAGUGUUACUAAAUAAAUUUUACUUACCUUUUACCAAAGUGAAAAACUAGUUGAUUCUUUUGUUGAUUGUUUUUUAAUUAACGACGCUUCGUUGAAAUCACAGUAACAUUCAAUGAUACCCGUUAAUAUUUAAUAUCUCUUUGUGUCCUAUGGAUUCCUGGAGCCUGUGUUUCUUAAUGAGUAUGACAUUUGGUUGGUUGAGACUUGAGAGGUUGCACACUAACAGAAAUUGAAUUUACCCUUGCCGUUGUUAAUGCAAUUAAAAGGACAAUAUUGAUGAAUACUCCCUCUGCUACAUGUUAUAAACUAGAGUACAUACUAUUUUCAACGGGUUUUUCAUGAGAUACCCCCGAGGUUUAAGUUUAUUCACCAGGUACCCUCGUUGUUUCAGUAAUCCACCAGGUACCCCUCAGGUUUCAUUUUCUCGCAUGACUUAACCCUGCCGUUAAGUGGCCGUUAGAAACUUUUUUUCACCAGGUACCCUCGUAAUUUAUUUCACCAGGUACCCCUGAGGUUUCUUAGUUUUUCACCAGGUAUCCUUAUGUUUUAUGGUAAUUU